AUGUGUGAAAAUAUUUGCAAAAAUAAAAAUAAAUAUGUUCAUGGUCUUGGGCCGAUGUUUAUGCCGCAAAGGGGCAACGAUUCCUUGUGUACAACUAUGGAGGAUUACCACGUUUUUGAACCAGGAGCAAAACCAUUUAUAAAAAACAUAAUCCAAGAGACCACAAUCAAUGUGCCAAAAAUUGAGUAUAAGGAAAAAAUAGUCCAAGUGCCCCGAGUUGAAUAUCGACCAUAUCCUGUGGUGAAGGAGGUAGAAACCCCCGUAUAUCAAGAUAGAUAUAAAUAUAAAAAUGUACAAGUCCCACAAAAAAAAUUAAGAGUUAAACCUGUGUACAAAGUAAUAGAUGUGCCACAAUAUAAAUAUGUAGACAAGUUUGUUAAAAAAAAAUAUAAAAGAUUUAAAUAUAUACCUAAAGAAGUACAAAUACCAUUUAGACCAAGAAGAGAAAUAUAUAGUGAAGUUCCAAUCCCUAGAUAUAUACCUCAAUAUAUACAUAAUUCCAUUAGACCAGAAACAUUUAAUACUGAUUACGAUGGGCAGAUACCUCUAUUCGAGGGUUAUAAUGACUGCUUCCUAAACAUGAUGAAUCCAUUUAGUGUAUAUAACAGAAAAGAAAAAAAUAAAUGUAUUUUAAACUGUCUCUGUAAUGGCAAUAAUGAUGACAAAAUGUAUGAAAUGGACCCAGUAUUAUUUACACCAACACCUUAUACAUUUAAUAAUAACAGCAUAAAUGACAUGGGAAAUAAUUUUGAUUUACAUCCUAGCUACUACGAUAUGGUAAGCCAUAGUUAUCCAUUUGUCGUACAUACAAAGGAAAAUGAUUUCUUCACAAAAAUAAUUGACGCUACCUCUAGUGCACUGGCAGCCGCAGGGAUAGCUAUCAUGUUAGCAGGAAAAUUGAGUAUGCAGGGAAUUUCUCUUUUUUUAGGAAACAAUAAUCAGAAAAGCCAACAGAAUGAGUGCACGUGUGAACACGGUGGUGGUAGAUCGACCGAACGUCAACAAAUUAAAAACGAAGGAGGUGGAAAAGGCGAAAAAAGUGAAAAAAAUGAUAAAAAAUGA